CAAGAAAAAAAUUAAUUUUAAAUAGUCUUCUCCAAAAUUCUUUCAUCUUUCCAUUAAAAAUGGGUGUUAACUCCUCUUGGUCAACAACUACCAAAAUCCCCUUAAACUACAAAAAAUCCCAAUUAAUUUUAUUUUUAUUUAUUUUUGUAUUUUCAACACAAAAAUUAGUUUAUUCACAACAAAAACACCAACCAAGUAUUAAAUUAGUAGAGCCAAUAGCUAGAUUAUUGGAAAAUGGACCUGUAGCACAACGACUGCCGGAGACUACAUGUCCUACUCCGAGCACCGAAAAAGGUGAAAAUAUUAAUUUUUAUUGA